AGACUAAAAUAACUUCUUUACAAAUAUCUUUUAGGGCAUAUUAGAAGACAAGGAGGAGAAUGGAUUCGAACUCUUCAUUGAUUUGGCCUCACUUGGAUUUGCUGAAUUACAACGGGACAUACAAGUACUUUUCCUUGGAAGGAAAUGUCUCCUAUGUGGACUUCUACCUCCACCAGCCUUGGGUGGCUGCUGUCUUCAUCACCUCCUACCUCCUCAUCUUCCUCCUCUGCAUGGUGGGCAACGGGGGGGUUUGUUUCAUCGUCCUGUGGAGCAAGCGCAUGCGCACGGUCACCAACCUGUUCAUCCUGAACCUGGCCGUCAGUGACUUGCUGGUGGGGCUCUUCUGCAUGCCCACCACCCUCCUGGACAACAUCAUUGCAGGAUGGCCCUUUGGGAGCCUGGUGUGCAAGAUGAGCGGGAUGGUCCAAGGCAUCUCUGUUUCUGCCUCUGUCUUCACUCUGGUUGCUAUUGCUGUGGACAGGUUCCGGUGCAUUGUGCAUCCCUUCAAGCAGAAGCUGACCAUUCCCGCUGCCGUGGCCACCAUCACCGUCAUCUGGGUGCUGGCCGUGGCCAUCAUGUGUCCCUCGGCAGUGCUGCUGCAGGUGCAGGAGGAGAAGCGUUUCCAGGUGCUCCUGGGCCCUGGCAACGCCACCCGCCCGGUGUUCUGGUGCCGGGAGGAGUGGCCGGACCCGGCCAUGAGGAAGAUCUACACGACGAUUCUCUUUGCCAACAUCUACCUGGCUCCCCUGGCGCUCAUCGUGCUCAUGUACGCCAGGAUCAGCGUCUCCAUCUCCCACGCCGCCAUGCCUGGGGCAGGGAAGCGCAACCAGGAGCAGCGGCACAGCGUGUGGAAGAGGAAACGGAAAGCCAUCCAAAUGCUCGUCCUCGUCACUUUGCUUUUCGCCCUCUCCUGGCUUCCCCUGUGGACCCUGAUGCUGCUGUCGGACUACGCCAGCCUGUCCGACCUCCAGCUGCAGCUGAUCAACAUCUACCUCUAUCCCUUGGCUCACUGGCUGGCCUUCUUCAACAGCAGCAUCAACCCCAUCAUCUACGGCUUCUGCAACGAGAACUUCCGCCGGGGUUUCCAGGCCGUCCUCAAGCUCCAGCUCUGCUCCAGGGUGGCCUGUUCCCAGCCAGAGCCCGGCACUGCCAUCCUGCCAGCUGCCCGCUGCCAGCCGCCCCAGCACCCGGCUCCCCAGGCAGCUAAGGAGGGGAAUUGGGUGAAUAAGCAGCAGGAUUUGCUCCUGGAGGAGCUCAAGGAGCCCUGUGACAACGGGAUGGAGUGAAACACGCUGUGACUCUGUAAAUCUCUCGGAGCAGCUGAAGCAAGGCUGCUCGAACCCUAUUUAUGGUCACAUUUCAGCCUGUGAGGAACCCCUUAUCCGUAACUCUCAUGGACUGAAAUACUGCAGACACAGUCUGGAAGCCAGCAGUCCCUGGAUUUUCUUGUGAUCAUGCUUCUUCCCGGACCUUGUGAGCACCAGCUGGGUCCUGCUCAAAUGACAAAAUUUAGCAUUUUCCAUCACAUUCCAUUUAUUCCCCUUUGUUGCUGUUAUUUCUGUCACAUCCAUUAUUAUUGCAGCUGGAGAAUGGAAGCGGAAAUUUGAGGAAUAAAAGAU